CCUUCUUUUGUUAUUAUUUUUCGCAUAAUUGGACAAAUUAUUGUGCUGGUGUGUUUUUAGAAAAAUGAAAGUGUACGCAAGCAAAAUGACGACUCUCAAAGCACUAUUGAACGCACCUCUUCAACGCCAAAAUGGAGAAAUCCAUACAUUCGACGCCAGCUGGUAAAGUUUCGCAAAUUGCGAAUCUUUUCCAGCGUAAACCUAUCGAAAUACAGCCGGUGGAACAGUUAAGCGCCGCUGCAGCUGCUGCUGCCGCUGCCGCCGCCGCCGCCGCCGCAGCAGUUAAUCAGCAACAACAAGCCAUUGGUGUUGGAAUACCGGCUACAGUUGUACGCACCGAAUCUCAUUCUGCUCGUUUCAAUAAUGCACGCGCGCUUUUCGAAAAGCUCGGCGUGGAGAACAAUUCGAAUUCGAAUGUGAAAAUGUCACGUUCCGGCUCGCGUGACGAUAAUCUUUGUGAGGGCAAUAGCUCGGAUCGUUCAUCGUCGCGUUCCUCAGAUCGUUCGAUAUCGCCACCGAAACGUCGUUCACCCUUUCCACCAGGUUGCAAUGUAGCCGCUUCAUUGGCGAACAAUAAUAAUUGUGCACUGCAAGUUAAUGGCGGUUUAGCGCUGAGUAAUAGUAAGUUUAUCGUAGAACCGGGUACGAAGCUACAUCACAAUAUUGCACGUCACAAAUCCGAAGACGGUGUGCUAAGCAGCUCAUCGGUGGUCGGCGGUGUUAGUGCCAUACUAUCGGCUGGUGGUGGUAGUGUCGACAAGCCGGAGAAACCGGAACGUAAAUUCAAUUCACGCGAACUAAUUGAGAAACAAAAGAAAUGGACUUCACAUUUUACGAAAACAAAAUCAAAUCGAACGCAUAGCGACCAAAAUCGUUGUGACAUUAUCCGAACUGUGCCAGGCACAACGCUCUUUUCCGGUUCGGCCAUACAAAUGAAGGAUAAGGAAAAGGAGAGAGAGAAAGAGAAAGACAGGGAGCGUGAAAGGGAGCGGGAAAAAGAGAAUGCCAAUAUUGCCGUUACCGUUGCCACCGCCUCACCAAACGUCAAUCACAAGCCAAGCGCUGCGAAUGCUGCGGUAACCAGCAUGGAACAGCUACGUUCACCCAUUUUGGCUGCUGCACAACAGCAUCAGCAAGCACAGGAUCAUCCACCCAGUCCACCGGUACGUCACACUGUCGUACCGCCUGAGAUAAAACCGCGUAGUACCAAUAAAAUUGGUAGCCCCAUAAAAUCGCCACCAUUGCCACCCAUACCAGCUGCCAAACCGAAGAACCUAAGUCCAAUUAAGUUUAACCCAGAACGUGUACGUUCGCCCACAAAACUGGCUGAUGCAACGCAGCCGCCUCCACCACCUGCCAAAUCGGCUGCUGUUACGGCAGCUCUACAGCGUUCACUUGAUGAGCAGCAACAAGCCGCUGCCGCUGCCUCGACAACUGCACCUGUGCCACCAGAAAAGCCACGCAAAAAAUCAAUUGAUCUCAUUGAGGGCGAGGAUAGGCUAACGCCAUCUUCGCCCACUUCAGCGACAUUCCAGUAUGUGGCUAUAGCCGCAAAGCGUGGUUCGGUGGAUAGUUUGGGUGGUGGCGCAAAUGGCCUAAGCGGUAGCAUUAAUUCGGCUACAUCAUCUUCGCCAGCCGCCAGCGCUUCGUCGGGUCCAUGUUCACCAGUCUACACCGAAGACGAGAAGCAAGAGAAUGAAUCGACUGAGAAAUCAGAAAUGCAGCAGUAUUACAACAGUAUGCCACGUUCGCGUCGCAGCGAUAACGAAGGACGCUCCAACAAAUCCGAACGUCAGGAUGUCACCGAUGUCAUGAUGAAAAAUCAGCAGCAGCAGCAGCAGCAAAUUCAAGUCCAAAAUCAUUCCAAUGCCAUGUCACCCCAACGUUCAUUAUCCGCAGCUGCAUCGUCCGCAUCGUCGUCUGCGUCGACGGCAGCAUCCACAAAACGUAUCUCCUCAAGUAUCUCCGUGCAAUUGCCAGCCGCUGGCUUAGGCUCACGCCCACCCAGCAUCAUUUCUACAAGCACCAGUCUCGACGAGGGUGGCUUCAAUGAACCCUCACCCGAGAUCAAAGCCAAACUAAAGCCCGCAUACGACUUUGAAACGGUCAAUGGACGAGCGGUGAGUGGCGUGAGUGCCGACGUCGACGAAUGCGACCGCAGUCAGCCAACAGCGAAUGAGGAGGCAGAGAAGCCCAGUUUGAAUUAUGUUGAUGUGGGCUAUCGUCUCAACCCGGAUGGUAGUGAAUCGCAUGAGGUUUUUGGCGAAUCCGAGCUGUACGACACGGCUAAAGUGACUGAAAUGCACAAGAAAUUCCAUGCCAACGGAUUUGCGCAAGAAACGACGACUGUUUAUGCGACCAUAAAAACUGAGGUAACAACAGCCGCCGUUGAGCUGUACUAUCCAGGUGGGAAGCUAGCUAAGGAGCGAGAACGCGUUGGAGCUAGCUUAUUGCAUUCGCCCACAAAAUCUAUUGGCAGCGGCAGUGCCGGCCUCAGUGGUUCACCGGUGAAAUCGGCGGCGAUCUCGUCACCGCCAGUUGGUGUGGUUUCGCCCAUACGCCGGCGCAGCUCAGAUGUGAGUGUGAAGUCAACACCGCCCAUCUCGCCAACAUCAAUCGGCAGCGGUAGUGGCAGUUGCAGCGGCACCGGCACCGCAAAUUCGACAUCGACCAACAAUACGCGCUCAAUUCCGUCGAUUGCUGUGGCAGUGGCGGGCAAGGGGGUGGUGACACCCAUCGCCUCGCUUGCUGCACAGGAGGAGGAGUUCGAUAGCUCUGAGUUGCCGGCAUUGCCUGAGCGACCACCACCAUUGAGUGCAGUACAACACGCAACUAUAGCGACUGCAGUCGGCGUUGGUGGUGGGCCAUGUAGCGCUUUAGAUAUGCAGGAUCUGGAGUAUGCAGACAGCAGUGCUGGGGAAGAUGAAGAUGAUUUGAUGCGCGCAAUUGGGGACGACGAUGAUGACGAUGAAGACGAAGUGCUGCAAGUGGAGGUGAGCGAAGCAACGCUGACGACAGUAGCCGAGGAGGGUGAGGAGGAGGAAAAACAGACGAUUGUUGUGGCAGCGGCCGGUGCGGUGGCGGCAGAUGUAGCAAUACCGCGCGAGGACAGUCUACCGGAUGACAUGACUGCCGACGAAGCUGAGCGACUGUUGAGCUCGAG